AAAAGAAAAUGUCUCAGCUCGCCAAAGGAUUCUGCAGACGAUAUCAAUCACAAUUACAUAAUAACUUCCAUAUCCUAAGAGUUUUUUUUUGUUUUUUGUUUUGUUUUGUUUUGACAAUCCAUUUGGAUCCGAUUGCACUUUGUCAUCCGAUACAGGUAAGUAACCAUAGACACACAAAAGUAAUCUCUUAAUGGACGGUAGGAGAGGAAUGGAUCCUGCAAGUUAAAGAGUCCCUCCCCUCCCCCCAUUUUUUUAAAUCAGGCCAUUUAGAGAUCAAAGAAAACAAAAUCCAUCAUCUUGGCACAGGGAUCGAAUGUCGAAUGGUGUCAACACAGCCAAGUGCCACUUGGAUUUACCCACACACGCACACAGGUCAAUAGAAAUGUGUGUGCUUAAUUCAGGAUUCAUCUCUAACAAACCAAUUUGGGGCUCGUCACAAAGUGUCAUUUUAAUGGGGUUAAUUGUAAUCCGCCCUGCGAGUGCCAAACCCACCCCUUCCGUCCAGCUAUAUAUAAACUACGCCAGCGGACGGAUGAAUAUCAUUAGUUGACUUUCGGACAUCUCCAGUCAUUCACAUCUCGAAUCCAUCGCAAUGAACAAGUCCAUCAUCCUCGUUAUUGGCUGCCUGGCUGUCGCCGCUGCCGCAGACUACUACAUGGAAUCUCAAAUUUUAGAAACCACCGAGACGCCAGUCGAUGUUACCGAUGAGCCGACAAGCUCACCCGAUAGCUACGUCGACGACGACCUGUCCGCCAAGGCGUACAGUUUCUUUUACAAAGUGAAGCACGAGGAGAGCGAAAAUGAUUAUUCGCACGCCGAAUCGUCUGAUGGCAAGGUGGUUAAAGGGAAGUACCAAGUCCAACUUCCCGACGGACGUCAACAGACUGUCCAGUACGUGGCCGAUGCUAACGGAUACGUUGCUCAAGUCAUGUACGACGGCGAGGCCCAGUAUCCCGAAUUCAAGCCUGCCCGUACUUCCCGAAUUUCAAGCUAUUAAAAACUGUUUUCAAACAAAAUUAUUUCACCAUUUCCAGUUUCUUAAUUCUUAUACAUGUAUAAUGUCAAUUGUUCAAACCUUUCUCAAAUGUACAUCUUAUUAUGGGAAUAAAAAAAAUGGUGUAUUUA